UUUGACUUCGAUGUAAACAAGGUGACACUGUGCACUGGACACGGCAGACAGACUUAGGCUAACAGAGUUAAGUUACCUACAUUAUUGCAAGAUGCUUGGGCCAUGAGGAUAUAUAAUGGGGCUGCAGCUCUCCUGGUGAGAAGUUGCAAGCAAUGGCAACAUCGUGGAUUUCUAACAGCAGUAAGAUGCUACAGAUCUGAUUAUUACGAUGUGCUGGAAGUAAAAAAGACUGCUUCUCAGAAGGAAAUUAAGAGUGCCUAUAUACAUCUAUCUAAAAAGUACCACCCAGAUGUCAGUACCCAACAUAAUGCACAGGGAAAGUUCACCAAGGUGGCUGAGGCUUACCAAGUCCUUGGCAACUCAGAAUCUAGAAAGUCCUAUGACAACAGUCAUUACUCAAGCCCAAUUCCAGGAGCUCAAUAUCAAGGACGUAGCCCAGCAGAAAGACAACAUUACAGAAGGGCACAUAGUGGUGUUGGAACUAACAACAUAAGUGAAGAAGAAUAUUUUGAUAUUCGUCGUGGAAUAAAGAUGAACCAAGAAGACCUAGAGACUAUUGUGACACCUUAUACUAUACUAUGGGAUAUGAUCACCGUCACAGUGGUGUUAACUAUUGUUGUAGUCACCCUCAUGCGUUAUAAACAGAGUAUCAAUAACAACUUGAUAUUUCCUCCGUCUCCCGGUCAACCAGAAGAGAUCAAUAAAAAACAGUCCAAAUCUGAGUGUAAAGAAAGAGCGAAACAGUUGAAAUAUGUGGAGACAGAAGAGCACGCAAGAGAUAUGGAGCUAGAACUGACGAGUGAACCUCUGCAGGAAAAUGUGUGUCAGUCCUAACGAAGACUUUAAUAAUAGAUAUGUAUUGACUGCAGGUGUUGUGGUGCCAAUAUCUAGUAUUCCUGAAGUGCAAACUUCAUGACAUUCUUACCAUACAAAGUGUUUUAAUGUUAUUUUGUGAAGAAAGUCUGAUAAGUAUUACAUAAAUGUGAAUAGGACUUGUAAUUUGUGAGAAAAGUAGCAGACAAGCAUAUGUAAAACUUUGAAAGACUUGUCAAAUUUAAGGUGUCAUAAUUGAUACCGAGUACCUAGGUCAGGUCUUGGUGAAACAUAGUCAAGGUGCUUCUAUACAAUGUAUGGGAGAUAUUAAAGUUACAAGCAUUCUGAAAGACGGGUCUGUAUAAUGUUAUUUACAUUAUAGAAUGGCAUCUAUUAGAUAAUGUUAUGAUUCAGGUUUCUUGCAUUUUGUUAUGAAAUGCUAAGCUGUGUUCGUCAGAGACUUGGAUUUAUGUCCUAUUUUCGAUUACUGAUGAUAUUGUACAAAGUGUAUAAAUCACAUGAUUUUAAUAUGUCCGACAAAGAGAUGGAAAAAUAAAUUUGUUGAUUUUAUCAAA